AUGGGCUGGGGGCACGUCGCCUCGACCUUGUGCGAGGCGCAAGGCGAAAGUGGCCAUGCCGGCCAUGCUUCUAGGUGGGCGGUGGUGGCCGAAGAUGUUUGUCUUUCUCAGGAGUCUAGUGACAGCCUGAUGGAAGAAGCAGAUGCCCUUUGCGAAAAUUCAGAUGAUGAUACGUUGCUGAUUCCCGAGCCACGACCUGGGUAUGCUGAUAAAUCAUGGUGGGCACGGCAGCUGGAGCAACAUGCAUUGGCAUUAGGCUACAAAGUCUCAGCAGACAGUGCGAAACCGCUUCAGUUGGAGUUGGGCAUUCCUUUCCGAUGCUUGUCGACGUCAGAGCCGGACUCAGAUUUCCGCAGCUUUCAAGCUGCCAACCAUACGAUCGAGCAGCAGUUCACGAGUCUUCAGAUGCAAGUUUCUGCGCAUGAGUCUUCGCUUCGUCAGUCUAGAAGUUCCGAGCGCUCUGCAGAUGUUGACCUCUUGGUUUGUGGCAGCCCGUGCAACCCUUUCAGCAGGAUGAGAGGCAAGCGCUUCCAUCAGGACAGUGUCAUGAGUCACAAGAGUUACGCCACGACUUUCGUGGAUGUGUUCAAGGCUUUCGAGGCUUUUGAGCCAAAGACUGCAGUGAUGGAGCAGACUGCAGGGUUCGGAUUGCCUUUCGAUUGUUCGACAUCAGAGACGCCCUUGCAGAGGUUCAUCGACGGCUUUGGCGAGUGCAAGUUCACCAAGGGCGGCUACUGGAUCGUCGUCAUCAAGUGCGAGCUCUCGAUCUGGGUGAAGCUUGCUCGGAGCAGGCUGGACAUCCGAAGUGUUGUGCAGUUCGAUUGGAAUUCUUCGGCUUUUCUACUUUACUACUAG